UUUGUCCAGCCCCUUUUCUUUCCUUUUCAUCCACCAUAAGCUCAUAAUGCACCACAAACACACUCAAACUCAGCCUUUUACGGAGUGUUAGCUUCAAUCAAAGAAACGGCUAUGGCUUCAGAAGCGAUGGAACUGAAUGGAAUUGCGACCAGAGGUGAUGCAGAGGAGCAUCCUCGGCCGAGCCACUGGUCAAGGAACACACACAUUAACAUGAACCAUUACGCCAAUAAAAAGAGUGCAGCAGAGAGCAUGCUGGAUAUAGCACUACUGAUGGCCAACACGUCCCAGCUGAAGACCAUCCUAGAGCUGGGUCCUGGUUUCUCCUUCUACGUUCCUCUCAUCACCCUCAUCAGCAUCUCUCUCAUCCUGCAGAUCAUCGUGGGGGUUUUACUCAUCUUCAUAGUGAAGUGGAAUCUGAAUGACACAAGUAAACACUACAUACUGAAUCUACUGGAGAACAUUGUCACAGCACUCGUCUUCAUCAUCAUAGUAAUAAACAUUUUCAUCACAGCGUUUGGUGUCCAAAGACCAGAAGAAAAGAAAGCGUAACCAAAGCUCAUGUCAGAUAACAAGGUUUCUUACAGGUUUGUAUAGUCGUUCUAGAUUCAAAUGGACAAUUACUAUUACACAUUUUCUCGUUGUCAUGACGUUAUUUUGUGUGCUCUAAAUUCUAUGCAUUAUAUUUUUACAUACAGAACUUUGUUUUUAGCCCCCAAAAUAAGGCAACAACAGCUAAAUUUGGGUAUUUGUGGGUUAUAAAUUCUGUUGAGUGCAAAACUACUUUUAAAAAUAUAAUUAGAUCUACAGUAAUUGUUAUAUUAUUAUUUUAAUAUAUUAAGUAAUUAUUUAUAAUUAUAUAAUAAAUGUAGUUAAAAGACACUUUGAUUGUGAAAUUGGACCAAAUAUUGAAAAGGAACCAUUACUUUGAGACUGAAAACAAAUAUGUUCAAGACAAAGGACAACAUCUGAUGUAUCUAAGCUAAAAAAAAAAAAGAAGAAAAAAAAAAAAAGAAGAAAAAAAAUGCACAGUACCAAUGCACCAUGCAGGAGAUCUCCAUACUGCCUACCUGAUAGACUGUAUCUAUAGAGAAAUAUAAUGUAAUUUCUUUAUGUAAAACUAUGUAAUUAUGUAAUGUUUGUGUGUUCAUUUUAACUAUCUGUUCACAUAACCAUCUGUUCACAUAACUAUUUUACACAUAAAUUGCACAACAAG